AUGGAAUUCAGCUACUUGGGUUUUGAAAAUUUUAACUUUUUAUUUUUAAAUAGCUGGAGUUGUGCUCUAUAUUUAACGAUUUUUCCACAAAAUGGAACAAAAUAUACAAGCGAACAGGUGCUACAAGUCUUUCAAACUCUUGCAAUCAUGGAGGUUAUUCACGCUUGUUUGAGACUUGUUAGGUCUUCUCCGAUGACUACGGCUAUUCAAAUUGCCUCACGUCUUUUGAUUCUCUGGGGCGUUCUGUAUAUGUAUCCAGCAGUAAAAGCGCAUGAAAACUUCAACAAAAUGAUGUUUAUUUCCUGGUGUCUUGCCGAUAUCACUCGUUAUCUCUUUUAUCUCAUUAAUAUUUUCAUGGAACCACCUCGUUUGUUAACUAUUUUAAGAUAUAACCUUUUCUUGAUUCUAUAUCCAACCGGUAUUACGGGUGAAAUUGCGCUUAUGUUGUUUUCAUUGCCUUAUGCGGCGAGGCAACCUUGGUUGCAAUACACACUACCAAAUGUUCUCAAUUUUGGUUUCAAUACUUAUCAAUUGUACUGUCUCUUCCUAAUACUAUAUGCUCCAGGUUCUCCAGUUAUGUACACUCAUAUGUUAGCCCAGCGACGCAAAGUUAUGGGAAAGAAGAAGUUUGAAUAA